CUCUUCUGUGAUGUAGGUCCCGGUCUUUGACACCAGACUCACACCUUACGCACGGUGGGCGAUCUAUAUAUAAACGACUGUUGCUGACCAUUUCAAACCACAGUUGACCAACGUUCUCGGUGCAGCUUGUUGAUCGAUUAAACAUGGCAAAGGUUAACAUGAACACGCUGAAAUGUUUUCUGCUUUUCGGAUUGGUGCUAGUCCAUGGCACUGAUGCUACCAAAGGAAAGGGAAGGGGUGGCGGCGGCUACGGAAUGAGCUACGGAGGAGGAGGUGGAUAUGGUGGCGGAGGACAUGGAGGAGGAGGGGGAUACGGUGGCGGAGGACAUGGUGGUGGUGGGUAUGGCGCUGCACCUCCACAAAUCAUUUACAUUCCUGCUCCUCAACCAGUAUACAUUCCCGCUCCUCAGCCGAUCCAUCACGCUCCUCCUCCGCCUAGACCGGCUCCUGUCCCUUCUUACGGUGGAGGUGGGGGGCAUAGAGCUCCAGGAGGAUCAGGAGGCGCACCAGUUCACGUUCAUGUUCAUUCUGCUCCUGUUCAUCAAUCGGCUCCUUCUUACGGUGGAGGCGCUGGAUACGGUGGUGGAGCGUCCGGAGGCGGUCAUUCCAGCGGCGGAUACGGUGGGGCUUCCGGAGGCGGUCAUUCCAGCGGCGGAUAUGGUGGGGCUUCCGGAGGCGGCCAUUCCAGCGGCGGAUAUGGUGGGGCUUCCGGAGGCGGUCAUUCCAGCGGCGGAUACGGUGGGGCUUCCGGAGGCGGCCAUUCCAGCGGGGGAUACGGUGGGGUGUCAGAAGCUGGAUAUGCUUCUGCUCCAUCUUUCCAGCCGCCUCCAGUUUCCUCUUAUGGUCCUCCUCCUCCUCAAGGAGGUUAUUAACUCCGCCGUUUUCCCUUUACAAAUCCUGAAUAAUCUCAGAAUAUUUGUCAUCCAUUGCUUGAAUAAUUUCAUCGGUCCUCAUAUAUAUUUCUUAAACUAUUUUCACUAUCGUCCUUGUCUUUACAGAUUUUGAGAAGUAUUCUUCACUACCGUUUUCUCAAGUGUUCCUAAUAAACCAACUUUAAUAUUUACUAUAAUUCCGAAUAAACAUUUCUGUGUAUAGUAGA